UUUUAUUGAACUUGCUUAUAAAGCAAGUUAUUAUAUUUAUACUAAACUAAUAAUAGAAGGAGGAAAUUACAAGUUAGUUCCUAAUUUUCAAGCUGUAAGAGUGCCUAUAAAAGGGUAACUAUAAUCAAGUGGAACUCAUCCUUAAUUGUGAAGAGAGAUGGCUACUUUACAAACAUUUCAGCUUCUUACUUUACUCAUUUUCUGCAUUACGAAUGGUCAAGGUAUUAUUGCAAGAGACUUGAAGGCAGAGCUAGGAGAUCAGAAAUCAGUGGAUUUGAAUGAUGAACCUUACAUUACACAGUAUGGAAUUCAUAAAUCAGUGAAUUCAAAUGAUGAAUCUUACAUUACACAAUAUGGAGAUCAUCAGAAACCGGUGGAUUCGAAUGAUGAACCUUACAUUGUUGGGUACAAGACUCAAGCUCAUGAGUCCAAUGAACCAUACAUUACUGGGUACAAGACCAAGACUCGUGAUUCUAAUGAACCAUACAUUGCUGGAUACAAGAAUCUGGCUCAUGUGUCCAAUGAACCAUACAUUGCCGGAUACAAGACUCAUGCUCACGAGUCUAAUGAACCAUACAUUUCUGGGUACAAGAACCAGGUUCAUGGGUCCAAUGAACCAUACAUAACAGGAUACAAGACUCAAGCUCAUGAGUCCAAUGAACCAUAUAUUGCUGGAUACAAGACGCAUGCUCACGAGUCCAAUGAACCAUACAUUUCUGGGUAUAAGAACCAGGCUCAUGGUUCCAAUGAACCAUACAUUACAGGAUACAAGACUCAAGCUCAUGAGUCCAAUGAACCAUAUAUUGCUGGAUACAAGGCUCAUGCUCACGAGUCCAAUGAACCAUACAUUUCUGGGUAUAAGAACCAGGCUCAUGGUUCCAAUGAACCAUACAUUACAGGAUACAAGACUCAAGCUCAUGAGUCCAAUGAACCAUAUAUUGCUGGAUACAAGACUCAUGCUCAUGAGUCCACUGAACCAUACAUCACUGGUUACAAGACCCAACCAUACAUUGCUGGGUAUAAGACUCGAGCUCAUGAGUCCAAUGAACCAUACAUUGCUGGAUACAAGACUCAUGCUCACGAGUCCAAUAAACCAUACAUUACUGGUUACAAGACCCAACCAUACAUUGCAGGGUAUAAGACUCAUACACAUGAUUCCAAUGAACCUUACAUAACCUCCUACGGUAAUGAUGAAUCCAAACAACCCAAUUACAUUACAGGGUAUAAGAGUCAUGACCACGAUUCCAAUGAACCUUACAUUGCUGGGGACAUAUCUACUUCCCUUAAUCCAAAAGGCCAUAUAUCUACCAACCCAGAAGACCCACAAGGGCCCUUAUCUUCUAACUUGGAUCGUACAAACGCUUUCAAGACAGGAUUUUUCAAUUUGGAUGAUCUUCAUGUUGGAAAUGUAAUGACCCUCCAAUUUCCAGUCCAAGAGGUUUCUCAUUUCCUUUCUCGAAAAGAAGCGGACUCCCCUCCUCUUUCAAUGUCACAACUUCAAAGUGUUCUUCAAUUCUUCUCAAUCUCUAAAGAUUCUCCUCAAGCCAAAUACAUGAAAAGAACACUUGAAGAGUGCGAAGGCGAAACCAUUACAGGGGAGACAAAGAUUUGUGCCAGUUCUCUAAAGUCCAUGCUCCAAUUUGUUGAUACAAUCAUUGGUUCAGACACCAAACACAAUAUUCUAACUACCAGCAACCCUUCACCUACAGCUACCCCUCUACAGAAGUACACCAUUUUAGAAGUAUCACAAGACAUUUAUGCUCCCAAAUGGGUGGCUUGCCAUCCCCUUCCUUAUCCAUAUGCCAUUUACUAUUGUCAUUACAUAUCUACAGGCACUAAAGUGUUCAAGGUAUCACUGAUUGGUGAUGAGAAUGGAGAUAAAAUGGAAGCUCUUGGUAUUUGUCAUUUGGACACAUCUGAUUGGAAUCCAGAUCAUAUUAUAUUCAAGCAGCUUGGUAUUAAGGCUGGGAAGAACACUCCAGUUUGUCACUUCUUUCCUGUAAACCAUCUUUUGUGGGUUCCGAUUCAUCCUUCGAAAGUUGCCAUGUGAAGUUAGUUGAUCUAAUCUAUCUAGAAUGAUGUUUGCAUAAUAAAGGUCAAUCAAUCUUACCAAUCUGCAAUAGGUAGCAAUAACAUGCAUGCCUUUGUGUGAUGAGUGAUGACCUAUUUCCUAUUUGUAUGUCUUGUUAGUUGUUAAUGUUUGUGUACAUGGGAAAGGUUGCACAACACAGUAGAAAUGAAAAACUUGUACUUGUUGCAACCUUUAAUAAGUAAUCUUAAUUAGAAUUACUUACUGUUUAACUUAUUUUGUACUCUUCUGUUGUUAAUAUAUAUAAGUUAAAGUUUGUUA